CGCGGCCCCGCGGCGUGUUACGUUUCCUGUCCUGUGUUUGAGAAAUCGCAGGACCGGGUUUGCAUGAAGUCCGAUGUUUCGAUUUCAGUCUCUGGAGGAAGACUGCCCCCUAGAGGAAGAAAGGGAGGCGCUGCACGGCUUAGUCGAUGAAGACGAUGAUAUCGACCAGUUCAACGAUGAUACUUUCGGAUCGGGUGCCAUCGAUGGGGACUGGAGGGAAGAACACGACCGAUUGGCCGAGCUGGAUGAGAAGGUGGGCGGGACUCCCCCUCUGCAGGCCCCUCCUCCUGCUGCUCCCGCCCCCUCCUCGUUACCUCAUCUGUACUCGAGGGGUCUGGGGGAGAGAGGGCCCCUCUCGGAGCUGGACAGUCUUCUGCUGGGAGGGGAUGAGAACCUGGCCCACAGCCUGAGCAAGCUGGUGCUGAGCACAGAGACAGACUACGGGGAACUGGAGGACCCGGCCAUCAUGAGAGCCGGGCUGCAGCAGCACAAAAGGGCGCCCCUGCAGCCCAGACCCCAGUUGAACUCUGGCAGUAUCUGGGACGACGCGAUGGGACUGGGAGGAAUGAGCAUUCCCAAACCGUUACUGUCGCAGGUCCAGGACAGCCCCCUCAUGUCAAUCAUCAAAGAGGUGGGGCUCCCCAAGAGGCCAUCAAUGGGACGGGACGAGAGGAGGGACUUGUCUGAGCGAGCCCCGCCCCCGCGCUCCACCUCGCCCGUGAUUGGCAGCCCGCCGGUGACGGCUGUACCCAUCGGAACGCCUCCCAAGCAUCCGACUGGUCACAAUCCCAACCAGCAGAUUCUGUGUCCCACGCCUGUGCAUGUCCGAGCCUCUAUGCAACAAAGAUUUCCGGGAGCUUUCAACGACCGAAUGUCUCCUAAUCAGCCUCUCAACCUUGCAAAUUCUCCGUUGCGUGGCCAUGCCUUCCCUCCGGGCGUCGGCCCUGUCCUCAGUCAGCUACAGCGAGCGCAGAUGAUUGGAGCGGGCCAGCCUGCCCAUCUCUCUCCCAGCCACUUCUCUCUCAACCCCGCACUGCUGCAAGGCAGGAUGGGAGCGAUGAUGUCACCAGCGGUGGGCGGCGGAGGGUUCCGACCCUUCUUCAGCCCCUCCCCGGUCCGCCCAGGGCACAACGCCAGGGCCCCCCAGCAGUACGGCGCGACGAGGGGGGACACCACACACCUGCACCCACAGCAUCGGCGCCUGCUGACCCAGAGGAUGCAGCAGCAAUCGGGGAGAGGUCAGAACGGAGCCGGUGGGGACAGGCCGCAGCGGCUCGGAGGGUCCCAGGACAGGCGACGGGACCCCUACAGCAAUCUGAUGACGCCGCGGGAGAAGGAGUGGGUGUCCCGCGUUCAGAUGAUGCAGCUGCAGAGCACUGACCCCUACCUGGACGACUACUACUACCAGAAUUAUUUUCAGAAGUUAGAGAAGCGACCCUCUCCGACGGACGGCGACGCUCACAAGAGAGAACACACGAAACUCAUCACGCCCCAAGUGGCCAAACUGGAGCACGCCUACCGACCAGUGCAGUUCGCAGGGUCGCUCGGAAAGCUCACGGUCUCCAGCGUCAAUAACCCGCGCAAGAUGAUUGACACCGUGGUCAUGACGACGCGUUCCGACGACGAGGAGAAGAAAGAGAAACAAGUCUGGAACAAACGCAGACAGAUUCUGUACACUGUGGAGAAGACGUACAGCCUCCUGCUUGAUGUUCAAGACUUUGAGAGGAAGUACCUCCAGACUCCAGAGGAGGAGAGGGGGGCGUUGCUGGAGGAGCGCCGCUCCAAACUGGGGGAGAUGUUUGAGAAUCUGCGAGGGAAGCAGACCGACGCCAACAGCCACAGAUUCUCGGACGAUCACUUCCUUCAGAUCAUGCGCGUCCGGAAAGGGAAGCACCUGGUUUCCAGGAUCCUCCCCUUCCUGUGCAUGGAGCACGCUGUGGCGGUAGUCAUGGCGACGGCCCGGAACCUGCCCUACAUCGCAAAGAAAGAUGCGCACGACGAGGUGCUGCCCUGGCUGAUAGAGCCCUUCUCUAUAGUCAUCCAGCACUUGACCAGCGGUCCGCUGACUGACUUGUUACAAGAUCUCACUGGGCUACCGGGGGGGCCCUCCGAGCUGAACAGCUCUACUGGGAACCAGCAGCAAGCCCAGUCGCACACCAGUACAGGGCAACUGGGCAAAGUGCUGCUCAGUAAGUUUGGCCUCACCCUACUCUAUCUGAUUCUCAGUCAAGGAGAGAGGCUCCUAAGUGGCGACUCAAACGCGGAGUUCACAGAGAAUAACAGAUGGACGGACCUGGUGUUCGGAGUGACUCUGGAGCUGCUGAAGACCCCGACGGCCUCUCUGGCUCAGCCAGCCUUCACCCCCCCUGCCCUCCUGUCCUUCUUCUCUCGCUAUGUGGACCGACAGAAACUGAACCUGCUUCAGGACAAGCUGCAAUUGUCUCCCAAGCCAAGGUAGAAGUCGCUACGAGGUGGACUUGGAACAAUUCUCGAGACCCGAGUGUGUGUGUGUCUGUCUGUCUGUCUCUCUGCACACAAAACAAGAAACGUUUGCCGCUAAACAUCCAUGAAAUGACAUGAAUGAAAGCUCCCAAAUCUCGGGCAGUAACUAGAAGCAGAAGGAGUGUUGACCAGUGUGUUGAAAUGCAUUUCAUUAGCUCAUCUUAACCCCCCCCCCCUCCUGCUUUGUAUAUAGUUCUGUAAGUCAUCAUUUAUAAUAGCCUAUAGAGCACGGCUUCUCAAACCCGGUCCUGGGGACCCCCCUGCUGUGGCUGCUGGUUCUCAUUCCAACUGACCCCUCAUUACUGAACCAGACCCUUCAUUGAAAUGAUCAUUUGCUUGAUUAGACGUUUUUACUUGUUUUUAGCUCUUGAACAGUUUGCAGCUCAAGUUACUUAUUUAGUGUUACAGCUAACUUGAAAUAUGAGUCUCUUAGUGUUGAGCAAACAGACUUUUUGGGGUGGAGCCCUCUGCAGAAAUCGGGGGCUGAAGGCCAGGUUAGGGUCGCUGGUGUUAAUUUACCAGCAGCUUUUGGUGGGGGUGGGGGGGGUCGUGACAAUUGAUCGUGGCCUUUCUUCAGAUUCCGCAGAGAGAACAGCGAUCCGCACGAACCCUCGGCUCGUUCUUCCCUCGACCCACUCUGGAGGGUGAAGCCAGCCCGGUUUUUAGAAUCCGCCACCCCACGCCCCGGUUUGUGUGGAGAGGCUGCGUCUGGACAGUCGCGUCAUCUGGUCAUGUGACUCCAGACUCUGACAACUGGGGGGGGGGGGGGUAGCGUAUUGUGCAGUUUGAGCGAACGGCGCCAGAUCUACUCUGUGUGCGGUGCAUCGAGCGUUUCUUGUGAACUGUGUGUGAGUGAGUGUGUGUUUGUUUGUGUGUGUCAGUCUGAGUGUGUGUUUGUCUGUGAAAGAGAUGGUUGCUGCUAACUUUUCAGUGCACAGAGUUUUUUUUGGUGCUUGAUGAUGAUUAUUUUUUUCUCUGAGGUUGGGGUUAGGGGGUUGAGUUUUGUAAAAAAAAAAAAAAAAAAAAAUGAAUUAUGAAAUGAAACGUUUAACACGUCGUUUUAUUAAAAAAAAAAAAGGCAGCGAGUGUUUUGGAACAGGCUGGCUUGGAAAAAAUGAACAAAAUAGAUUUUGUAUUUUUUUAUUUUUUAAAAAUCAAAAUCCGUAGAAUCAGGGUUUCCCUUUUUUUUUUUUUUUUUUUUAAAAUGAAUUCCCAAAUUUCCAGUCUCUCGUGAUCAAUCCCACAACACGUCACCCUCGCUGAUCGGAAUCGCGGUUCGCAGCAUUGGGUGAAAACCAGCAGCAAACGACUUUUUUAAAUUGAAGUCUCUGUGUGUCUGCUUGCCUAGUCGUGUCUCCAGUUGUUAUGGGGGUCUGUGAAAUACAUACACAUUUCCUCUUGAACAGGAUGUCGAAAUGGGUUUGGGACUGAGGAAAACAGAAUUUAAAAGAUGGAAUCAGACUGACCAGAAUGGAACGGGGCUCGUUUAUAUAUAUUUUCGAACCCGGUGUUUCUGAUUCUGCUGCAGAGAGGCUCAAAGCCGCUCCAAACCCCGGUAAAGACGGGUUUUAUGGACCGGUGCCGAAACGUGGACCUUGAAACGACUGCCAGCGCCGUGAAGAGAAUGUAAAAUGACAAAUUUAAGAAAUGCAAGUAGGUUUUUGUUUGAAAUUGUGUUUUUUUUUCAAGGCAGUCUGGUCAAUCAUCCUAAUGCAUUGUGGGCUUUUUUUUUUUUUGGGGGGGGGGGG